AUGUAUUUGCUAUGUAAAUGUAAAUUCACAAUACAUUUGAGGUAAGUUGAAUAACUAAUUUGAGCUGAAUCUCAUUGUUUAGAUCUCUGAAUGUGUGAAUGUCUUCAUUUUCAAUUUGAUGAUAUAUAUUAUACAUUUUCUCCAGCAAACAGUAAUUUAUUACCUUGUACUUUUUAUUGUAAUUUAUACAUUUUGUAUCUUUGUAAUAAAUCCUGAAUUUAGGAGAGGUAUGUAUGACCUGUCCUUUCUCUUCCUAAAAGCAGCGUUACAGCACAGAAGCGUGCGUGCAAUACUGCCACAUGUGCCACCCACCGCCUGGCUGACUUCCUGAACAGAUCAGGAGGAAUGGGCAACAGCAACUUCGUCCCAACCAACGUGGGCGCCAAGGCGUUCGGACGACGAAGGAGAGACAGCCCCAUGACAGCACCUAUGUGAAUGUGUCAACAGGCCUCAGGGAUAUGGUAUGACAACAUUCUACACUUCUCUCUCUUCCCACUGCUGUGCCUCUGACUGUCAACCUCUGUCUGUCUCUACUGUAUCUCUAAUGCUCUUUCCCCAGCCUCUGUCUUUCCACAUCGAUUCUACUUCAGUACUCUUCAGAUAGUCUCUUUGUAACGUUGCCGGCCUUCAAAUUUGGUCUGUGUCUUAUGGAUGAACAAGUUGGGAGUAAGAGUUCAGUAGAAAGGAGGAUAACCAGUCAUUUCCUUCCAUUCUCUCUCCCUGCAGAGUAUUAGCACUCCAGUGAGACAACAAUACAUCAUGUCCUGAACCAACUACAGACAACUGAAAAUGACAACUCUUCACUGUUAAAAAAAAAACAGCCUUCAAACUACAGGACUAAUUUCCUGCAUACCUCUUGCAUACUCUGUGUUAACCGAUAUUCAUUUCUGCUCUAUGACCAUGAGGAGAUAAAACAACCUAGAAAACAUUACAACAAAAAAUAAAGAACAAACUUCGGUUAUGUCUAUUUUCACCAGAUCAUUACUCUAUACAAGCCAGUUGGAAGUGAGAAUGGCCUUAUUGGUUCUUUCCCGUUUUGGCUUAGAGCACAUGUACAGUUUGACCCUGAGUCCCCACCCCUCCUCUCUCCUGUGUCAGCAGCACACCGCAGGGGGGCAGAGACUACAUUCAAGCUCUGCCCCCACAAGCUUCCCUGACCAUGGCUGUGUCUUGUGCCUUGAUGUAGACCACUUCUUUACAUGUCAUUAAUUGUACAGUAU